AUGCCUAGACUACGCAAGCAAUCAGUACAACAGCGCCAACGAUUAAUUGCGAUAAGACGGAAUGCAGAAUAUCGCGAAGAAGAGCGUGAACGGGAUCGCAUCCAGCACCAAACAAGGAGGAGAUCUUCAUACAAUCGAAGAAUAGAGCAGCUACGUAAUACAGCACAGCAUUUUACUCGUCGACAGGAUGAUGCAUUAAGAUUAGCCGAACAGGAGAGAAAUACGAUUGAGCACUCGCUUCGUCGUCAAGAUGAUGCGUACAGAAUAGCCGAACAAGAACGAAACACGCAGCAGCACACGGUUCGUCGUCAGGAUGUUACGUACCGCUUGGCGGAACAGGAGCGAGAUACGCGUCUUCACUCGAUUCGUCGUCAAGAUGAUGUAUACAGAUUGGCCGAACAACAGCGAAACACGCAGCAGCACACGGUUCGUCGUCAGGAUGUUACGUACCGCUUGGCGGAACAGGAGCGAGAUACGCGUCUUCACUCGCUUCGUCGUCAAGAUGAUGCAUACAGAUUGGCCGAACAAGAGCGAAACACGCAGCAACACGCUAUUCGUCGUCAGGAUGUUACGUACCGCUUGGCGGAACAGGAGCGAGAUACACAUCAUCACUCGCUUCGUCGUCAGGAUGAUGCAUACCGAUUGGCCGAACAAGAGCGGAAUACGAUUGAACAUUCGCUUCGUCGACAGGAUGAUGCUUACCGGAUGGCCGAACAGGAGCGAAAUACGGUUCAACGUUCACUUCGUAGCUAG